CAAGUGCCGUUCCUUUCUUCCUUCCUUCCUUUCUUCAUGUUGUGCGAGACGCGACGCGAUGCGAGCCGACUCUCGGAAUCGAAUUAACGAGAAUUCGACGUGGUCGAAGAAGCCGAGGAGAGAGGCAACAUGCAUGGGAUAGAGUGUUCCGCGGUAAAGAGCAACGGGUGUAGUAAGCUCGUCUUUUUUGGCGCCACGCGUGUCGUUCAACGUUUCGAAAAUGCGCACGCCUGCUUACGCGCCACGGUAUUCCAGUGGGAAGAGCAAGAAGGAGCAGAGAGUUCGCGUCGAAAAUAGACUUUUGCCUCGUGUUCAGAUCCGUGGCCCGAUCGUCGGGCAUGCGGAAGGAGCGUCACCGGGAGACAGUGAUUGAGAGGAUCCGGCAGACGGGAGCACUUGAAUAUUCGAUCGCGCAGGUAUUACGAUGUCCCAACCGCAAUUGACCACGGAUCUGGACGUUCCGGAAAAUCCGCAACACUCUUGCCAAUGCUCGGCGAUGAGCAGCAUGGAUUCCAUGAGAGCGCAGAGGGAGCGGGGCGUGGGAAGUACAAGAAUUUCCAACAGCCAAGAACUCCCUAGGGGUUUGGAGGCGCUUCAGAGCGCUUUCGAGCCGAUAAGAAGGCUGGAGAGCCCGUUGUCCCAUCACCACCAUCAUCAUCAUCAGCAAGAAGGGCAACAGAUGAAUUUGGAGAGUGGCAGGAACGCGGACAUGUUGGAACAUCAGGCGAACGUGAGAUCGAUGGAGGGUCAGGGGGCGAUUUUGUCGAGACACGGUCACAAUCUUUCGUGCAGCCCGAGGAACUUGGACCUCUCGCGAAACUUGGCGUUCGAGGCAGCGAGAAGAGUUCAGGAAUCCGGCAACAACUUGCAGGACAACAACGGCCAACCAAGCGGCCCAUCCAGCCCUUUGCUCGAGUCCGCCGGCCCGGCUCUUCUCGCCGAGACGAAAGAUCUGGACAAGCAGCUCGAGGAUCACGGUGGUGUCUCUCUGUCGCAGAAAGCGGCCACCACCUCGGGCAAAGACAAGCUGAAGACGAGCAUUCAGCAGGUUCUGAACCCUUACCAGCAUCAUCACGAGGCUGCCUCGGCCGAGCGCAACACCGUCCACGGCCACUUCCACGGGGACGCGCACGCUCACGUGCACAAGCAUGCCGACAACUUUCGAGGCGGCGCGAAUUUGGACGUGGUCGGGGACGGGUUGAUGGGGUUUCAGCAACACGGUCAGCGGCAACACACUCAUCAUCAUCACGCGAAAAGCACGGGCGUUGCGGGGGGCCAUCAUCACGGGCCAACGGCCGUCCACCAUUCCCACGUCCCCCCCCGUGAAGGAAUAGCGGGCCAUCAUCACGGAAAUCUCGCCACCCACGUCCACGGAAACGUGUCUGCCCCCUCGAGUCAAAAUUCGACGGGAAACCCGGGUGGCCAUCACCAUCCGAAUCCGUCCACCGCCGCCACAACCGCCACCACCACCACCACCAUGAUCCACAGAAAUUCGCCGACCAAUCAUCACCGCCUCGCCGCCCAUUAUCCAUCCAACUCGGGCUUCUCCAGCGAUCACCACGGCACCUCGAGCGCGAUGAGCGGCGCCUCGUCCAACUCGAGCAUGUUGAACCACGGCGGAUCACCGGCGGUGCACCGGCACGUGGUCAACGCGAACAGCAGUCUGUCGACCACGCCGCUCGCUAGCCAUCAUCAUGGCAGCUCGUCGGGAAGUUUGACCGGGCAUUCCAGCGUGAAUCAUCAUCACGUUAGUUCGGGCAUAUCCUGUGAGUCUUCCUCGUCAAACGCCAAUACGAGAGCGCAUAGUCGUUUAGAUCACGUCCACGAUCAUCAUCAUCAUUUACAACAGGUGCAUUCGUUGCACCCCAGCCACCCCGACGCGCCCCGGCAAAGGGACGCCAGAGCUCCGUCCAGCCUCGAGCAUCACGGCCACCAUCACGGCCACGUGCACGCCCACGCCCAUCAGCAUCCGCAAAAUAACGAUACCAAAAAUACGUCUAUCAUCGGGGUGGACUCGAUACAGGUGUCGGCCCCUUCGAAGAGUAAGUGCCAGUGUCACGUGGUGCAAACUGGAGGAAACAAGAGAGGGCAGGAGGGCGAAAGCGACGGAGGUGUGGAAGUAACAUCGAGAACGCAUCAACCCCCCGCGCUACCUCCGCGGCCACCCCCCAGGCCAACCAGACGAUACGAAACAACGUCCGUCGAUCAAUGCCACACGGGGGAAGGUGGUUGCUGCAAGAAGUACGUUGUCCUUUGUUGCCUUUGUGGGGGGCUGAGCGCUGCGGUUGGCAGCCUCUUUUUGGCGGUGCACGCGGUCCUUUCAGCCCACACGGCCAGCCUCGCUCUCUUCGAGACUGUACCAUCUUACAUUCCUGGCAUAAUGUUAAUCCUGAUGGGCCUGUUCACGAUGCUGCUCGCAAGACGGAAACACAGAUACGGACUUUUGAUGAAAGUGUGCGGAUCGGUCGGGGUGGUGUGCGCUUUGGUAUGCGUCCUCGUCACAGUGACGACGACGGUGAUACACAUGUCCCGGCUGCAAGGUCUUCGAAAAUGCGUUUACACGGUGAAAGCGAGGUCGUGCACGUGUUACGGGGCGCCUGAAGGAGAUCCAGGGGUUCUGUUCGAGGGCACGCCUCACUGCGAGGCGGUUCACGGCGCCCUCCACGCCUGCCUCAGAGCUCUGUUCGGCGUUUCGGUGGCCGGGAUCCUGGCCUGUAUAUUCUCCUGCAUGCUCGUCUACCAGCUGCUCAGCCACGAGAAGAAGAAGAUGUAUUGGGAGCAGUUGGAGCUGAGGUGCAGAUCGCUGUACGGGCAAGGAGGCGGCGUGGGGCCGACGAGCGGGUCGUGCGGCUGCUGCAACGAUUGCGGCGGCGCCAGCCCUUGGUGGGCGCAGACGCCGGGCAAUCUUUACACGCCGAAUCCCGAUCUGGCCCCGUCCAGGAGAUGGCGGCUGCCUUGGUCGAGGUCCAGAGGUCCGGCUCCGAGUCCAGAUUCGAAUUACGGGUUUCACACUCAGGCCAGGCAGACGGAGGCCAACGUGGAGAGCACGAAUGGCCCUUACAGCGUGCUCAAUUCCCAAUCGAGCGGCCCCUACUCCGUGUUGAACACCCAGAACGGGCCUUACACCCCGAGCACCGCGUCUUACAGCGUUCUGGAGACACCGGUCCCCCUGUGGGGGCCGCCGCCGCCCUACAGCGACCCCAACAGCCCCGCUAGACGGCCUCAAGUAGCCGAGCAGAGGCCCAGAAUCGCGAAGCGAAUAGAGAACUUCGAGAACAAUGAGGAUCACAGAUCGAGGGCCGCGAAACGGCCAUCCGACAAUUACGAGAACGCCGAGGAGAUAUCGAACAGCACCGACCCGGAAGGGGGCAACGAGGGGGGCACGAUGAAGGGCACAAGACGCGCGAGGAAGCCUUUGAAAGGAGUGGAGAACGGGGCGUUCCAACAGGAGGCGAACGCUGGACCGAAACAGUCGGAGAGCGAGUUGUAUUUCGGCGACGUGUCCUCGUGUUGCGGGCCCGAGAGCAGUUUCUACGAUCUGGCCGUGGAGAAAGAAGGUACCGAGCAUUCGGAGGGGGUGGAUUACCUGGCGGCCCGUUUGGGCAAACGACAACUGUCCAAGAGAUCGCGGAUGCCUCUCCCGUUGCCGUCCGACGGUGGCGACAUACCGUCCGACAAUUACGCGAACAGCGACGAGCCGAGGAGCGCGAGAGGGCCGUUCCUCGCGCCCGACGCGCAGUACGAAGUGAUCCAGCAGGGCCGUUACUCUUAUUACGCGGCCAAGGACGACGAGCAACUCCAGGAAGGGGCCGCCACUUCGGGAUACUUCAGGGAGGAGGAGGCGGAAAGAGGGAGGGAGUACAGGGAUUACAGGAGCAGCCAGGAAGAGGAGACGCCCCAGUGUUGCCUGAGCGACUCGACCACCUUGGACUCGGGCUGGCAGAGCGGCGAGCAACAGCAAUCCGACGAUAACGUUAGGCCGGUCAACGUGUGAUUUAUCAUCGAGGUGUAGAAAAGAGAGGAAGGAACCUCUCGAUUCGAUUGUACAAUUUACUAUACUUUGAUUUGUGUGUGUGUGUGUGUGAGAGAGAGAGAGCUGUGCAUUACACAUUACUUUUUUCGUAUCGUACACGCCAUAAACGUGUUCGAAUUAGCCGUUAAACAGAGCUAGGAAAUUGUAUCCUUUGAAGGAUGGCGACGAAGAGUGCAAAAAUUUAUCGUAUUUAGAUAAAAAUAGAAUAUAAGCGAUGUGAUUUGUGGUACGGUUAAGCUUAAGGCGUAAACAUAUAUUAUAGAGCGUAACAUGAUCGGAUGAAAGAAUGCGCGCGUUGGAUCGUGCUUUUCUUAUUAUUAUUAUUAUUAUUAUUAUUAUUAUUACUAUUAUUAUUAUUAUUAUUAAUAAUAAUACAAGUGUGAAGGGGGUUAGAAAAAGAGUAGUAGAUUCUACGUGAAAGAGUAAUCGUGCGAGAGAUCCUACGUAACGAUGUAUUUUUAUUAAUUAAUUAAACGAUGUCGCCCGUUCGUUGUUCGUAAUGUUAAUCUAAUGCUAAAGAAUUGUGUGUU